UCAUCUUCACUACCAGAAAACACACAUCAAAAACGAUUUUACAAGAAGAAAAAAAUGUCAGAGACCAACAAGAAUGCCUUCCAAGCCGGUCAGACCGCUGGCAAAGCUGAGGAGAAGAGCAAUGUUCUUCUCGACAAGGCCAAGGAUGCUGCUGCUGGAGCAGGAACUGCCGCGCAACAGGCGGGAAAGAGUAUAUCGGAUGCGGCAGCUGGAGGUGUUAACUUCGUGAAGGAGAAGACCGGCAUGAACAAGUAGCGCUUUCGAGUCAAAAUUGGGAGUUAUAAUUUCCCUUAUCUAAUUAAUUAAUUGUUGGGAUUUUAAAUAAACUUGGGACUCAUAAUUGAUUCUCAUAUUCAAUCGUACUUGUUGUUGCCUUUAGUGUUGUAAUGUUUUAAUGUUUCUUCUCCCUUUAGAUGUAUGUUUGGAUGUUUAUGUAUUUUUAGCUUCGGGUUAAUCAAACAACAUCUAGUUU